UGUGUGCGUGCAAUUUAAGGUGAUAGUGGGACAAACAACCACAAGGUAUAUAAGUCCCCCGUAAAGAGAUCCGUUGGUUAAGUUAACUGAAACUUCGCUCAGGCUUCGAGGGGUCUCGCUGCCUCUUCCCAAAAACUGACAACCAUGAACAGAAUCGUGAUUUUACUGGGGAUCGCCGGAUGGUGUCAGGGGUCAGGCUGGGAAAUCGGAGGUCACGGUGGGCUGAGUCUAGGGGAAAUUUCUGUGGGAGGUCACGGCCACGAAUUGCCAGCAAUUUCCCUCGACGAGUCAAGCCUUGGAGGUCACGGUGGCGGCUGGGAUCUCGGAGGACAUGGAGGCUGGGAUUCCGGCUUUAGCAUCGGAGGCGGGGGUCACGCGGGACACGGGCUUCACGUUAUCCCGGUGGUCAAGGAAAUUGGAGUUCCGGUGGUCAAACCGGUCGAGGUCAAGAUCCCUCAUCCGGUGAUACAAACCGUGCCGCAACCCUAUCCGGUAGCGGUUCACGUGUCCCAGCCGGUCCCGUACGAGGUAAGAUCCUCGCGGAAAAGUGUGAUCAAAAACGUCGUGACGAAGGUCGAAAAGAAGGUGCCAACUCCCGUGGAGAAAAUUAUUCCUUACAAGGUGGAAAAGCCCGUGCCGUUCAAGGUCUACAAACACGUUCCCGUGCCAGUCAUCAAGCGAUUCCCGAUCAAAAUUCCCCACAUCCCCCGCACAUUUACAAACAUGAAUAAAAUUAUUUUUACUCUGGGACUUUUGGCCCUUGCCACGGUGGUCAGCGCCAGUGGAUACGAAGAAGAUCACGGCAAGUCAACCUACGAAGAAAAGACAAAAACCGUGCACAUUCCCAUCUACAAGAAGUAUGCCAUACCAAUUCCUCAUCCCGUGCCGGUACAAGUGCCUCAAGAAAUCAAGAUCCCCAUACCACAACCGUACAAUGUCCAGGUUCAGGUCCCUCAUCCCUACCCCGUGGAAGUUAUAAAGCACGUUGAAAUUCCGGUUGAAAAGCCCGAGCCAUACACCGUCGAGAAACACGUACCCUUCGUCGUUGAAAAGCCCUACCCGGUAUACGUCGAGAAGAAAUUCCCCGUUCCAAUUGCCAAGCCGUACCCAGUUCACGUGCCAGUUUACAAGCACGUUUUCCAUCACACUUCGUCCGGUGGACACGGUAAAGGCUGGAUAUUGGCAACGAUAGUGGGGCUAGCUUCGGCCAGUCAUUACGGCGAAGAAGAACAUGGGCACGGCGGAACGACGUACCACGAAACCUCGAAACCAGUCGAGAUACCGAUAUACAAAAAAUAUGCCAUCCCAAUACCGCAUCCGGUGCCAGUCGCCGUUCCCCAGCACAUCAAAGUCCCGAUUCCGCAGCCUUACCAAGUCCAAGUGCAGGUUCCGCACCCAGUUCCCGUCGAAGUUAUCAAGCACGUUGAAAUACCGGUAGAAAAACCGGAGCCUUACGUCGUGGAAAAGAAGGUCCCGUACGUUGUUGAAAAACCGUAUCCUGUCACCGUGGAAAAACAUUUCCCGGUACCAAUCCCGAAGCCGUACGCCGUCCACGUACCGGUAUACAAGCACGUCUUCCAUCACCAAAGCAGCAAAGGACACGGAGGCUGGAAGCACUGAUCCGCGCGCAGAUUUAAGUUCAACGAUCGACGCUAAUUGCCAAAAAGAAAGAGAAAGAAGAAAAAAAAAUCACGUGGUACCCGAUCUUGGAAUCGCAAUUAAAUACUCAUACUGUACAUACAUUUUCUUGUUGUUAAUGUUUUCGUUGUUCUCGUUAUGUUUUUAGAAUAAAUCAUUUUUUUCUAUACGA